CCACCCAGCCCGCGGGACGUGGGACCGAUUUUCAACCUCAAACCACGCCAAACGCCUUAAAAUCUUAGUUAAAUUAACCAAAAUAUCACUUAAAUAGCCUACACGACAAGUUCGCGCACAAUACAUCGUAGAAAGCCUAAUAGAUCGCUAAACACAGUGCAUUACAACCUUAAACCCUUAAAAUGUGACAUGACAUAGUGGAAAACCAAUAAAAGUUCUAUCAAGACUCGUACAAUACGCUCAAGAAUUAAAGAAAAUGGGAAAUUAGCAGACAAUCUGCGUCAUUUCUUAGCAAAUGUUUUCCAAUCGUGAUUUUCGAUGCAGUGGAUAGCAUUUUCGUGCGUGUGAAAAUACUAUGGCCGAUUCUUUACCACCGGGUUGAUGUUUAGAUUAUGUUAUUAAUUGAAGACAAAAUGUUUGUUUCAAAUAGUUUUAUUUUGAAAAGAAAUUGGUUAAAGUGGUGCUGGCGGAAACGUUGGUAUGACUCAUAAAAAUAACGAAGAUAAUUACAAAAAUUUAAAGGCAAAUAGGUUUUUUUUACCUAAAUCGGUCAGUAGGUUAGGGUUUAUUUUUGUAACCGGUCAAAAUGAAUUCGUUCAACGCCCCAACGACGCAAAUCAAUUCGAUUGACAAAAUGACAACGGUCAAAUGUAAAUCCGUGGAUUUGGAAGGAUAUGUUAUUAUAGUGGUGCAAACGAAGGAUAAUAAAAUUAAAUUGUACGGAUCACCAUCGGCAGGCAACUGGGAGAACCUGGAACUGGCGGACGAAAUUAUGGACGUGAACGAAACCAGGCUCGAAGACAUGACUCGGACUGAGGUCCUGAGUCACAUACAUGAGUGCAUAUCUUCAUGCGUCAUCAAACUUCGUGUGAAGAGACGGAGUGAAACUAAACUAUUAUCAGACAUCGGGCACAACAUCAUCCAAGAUGCCUUCCUCAUCGCGGUGGAGGAGCAGGCCAGGCAACGCUUGCAGCGGCUGUCGGCGCUCAAACGGAUCACGCCGGUCGACAUGUCCAAGCUCUCUGUAGAAUUAAACAAGAGGAAACGUACGCAGCCAGAGAACAAGGAACUAAACGGGUACAUAGCAAACUCCACAGUCUAUGUGACAUCCAUAAACGAAAACGGUGCAAUCGAGAGUAAACCAACUAUAUCCUCACCGAAAUCUCAACCAAAAUCGUUACAGGCGAAACCAGCACCACUCAUAGCGAACGGUAUACAAGAGAAGAAAGAAAUCCUAGAAAACAAACCCGAGAAAAUUGACAAAGUCGAACCAGAGAAACACGAAAAGGAUUCGAGUGAGAAAAGUGUUAAAGUGAUCGUUGAAAGUGAAGUGAAGGAAAGUGAAGUGAGAAGUGAUAAAAGUGAAGUGUGCCUGAGCAACGGACGGUUCGAGAAACUAUUGGGAGAACAGCCUGAUCAUAGGAUCAGGGCUACUGCUGUUGUUGAGAGUAAUAAGCUUGGACCUGGAGAAAAAGGGCCCCGCAGGCGGUCGGGCUCCAGCAUAGUGGUGAUAGGUGCCGAAGAGGAGAAGCGCCCGCCCCCGGAUGACGAACACGACAUGCUCACCAUGCUCCCUCUCACCUCCGACACCGGCCCCCAUCGCGAGAUGCCGGUGGACGUUCCGGACAGCUUCAUCGCAAGGAACAAGACGCCGCCCCGCUACCCGCCCCCGCGACCCCCUCAGGUACGCCUCCGUACCAGGGACGACGAACCGCUCCUCUCGUCCGGCGGCUCCGGGACCUCCUUCGGCAGCAAGCAGAGCACCGUCCUCCACAGCACCAUACACACAUCCGGCCCGAGCUCCGACGGUUCUGGAUCCUUCAAGAACAACAGCACCAUCGAACUGCUAUCCCUACCCCAAAGCUCAGAUGGUUCAGCGAGCUUCGGCAGUAAAAAAAGCAAAACAUCCUCAGAAACAGAAACGACAAAAUGCGACUUACUCUCAGAAAGAUCUGAAAGCGUCGCGUCAGUGACGUCGAACACUAUUCACAACUUAAGCGACCAUAAGAUACAGCUGCUAAUUUCUAAUGGAGAAGAUUCUUUGAUAGACUGCAGGGAAGGAGUUACGUAUUCAGCUCGUACUGAUUCAGUUCUGAUCAGGGAAGCCGUAUACGCGUCGUACAAGCUUCCUCCGGGGUACGAUACGACGCCCGUGCUGCUGGGAAGGGAGGUGGCGGUAGACGUGCCCGAGAGCUUCGUGCAGAUUGUGAAAACCACCCCUAAGUACCCCGGUACCGCGGACAGAAAGAGCGUACUGUUUCAGCAGGUGAACGGCAGUGCGAGGGGCGCUCCAGCGGUGCCGCCUCGCGAGGCGCCUCGGGACGCGCCGCCUCGCCCUCCCGCGCACGAGAUCGCCAACCUCUCCAAAUACCAGGAGCAACUCCGUCAGCGAAAAGAAGCAGAGGAACGCAUCGCGGCGCAGAAUGAGUUCCUCAGGAAUUCUCUCCGCAACUCCUCCAAACUACAAGUGCUAGCCAACGAGCCUUCCAGCACCGCCUUCGUCAAUGACGCGUAUGAAGAAGAUGCCAGUGAUGAGGCUUCACAGCUGUACGCGCUUGUUGAUUACCAAGAAGUAUGUGCAGCGUUAUCAAGGAUACAGAAAGCGCUUGCGUCGAGCGGCGAAAGCGCUUUAGCAGCCAGGGUCGCGGGAACGGCCAGCGUGCUGCUAUGUCCCGCUUUACGGACAGCUUUGGCCACCAGGUCUGCUGUGCUCACGGCUACCACGCACAAGCGACCAGGGCUAUCGCCACCACAGACACAUCGGGCUACUGAUCGAUUAAAAGAUUGCAUAGAUGUACUAGGAUCGCAUACAGCGUCGGGAGGAGAAGCGUCGGCGCUAGCGGUGGAACUGCUGUCCAUACUGGGCGGGCUGGAGCUAGAGAGUCUAAUACAGGCGCACGACCAAGCGGCCGCCCUGCUCGACCCCACCUGCUUUACGAGAGGGAAGAGAAAUAAGACUGGCUUCAACAAUUACAAGGGCGACGACAAGUACCCAACGCACUCGCCGGACGACCCGAGUGAAAAUAUCAAAAUUAUUAAAAUAGAAAAAACUAAUGAACCACUUGGUGCUACAGUAAGAAAUGAAGGCGAAGCAGUAAUCAUCGGUAGGAUAGUCAGAGGAGGAGCGGCGGAAAAGUCAGGGCUACUGCACGAAGGUGAUGAGCUGUUGGAAGUAAAUGGCGUAAGCAUGCGCGGCAAAUCAGUGCACGAAGUAUGUCAGGUGUUGGGCGGGCUGGCGGGGACCCUCAGCGUGGUGCUGGCGCCGCGCGGCCGACCUCGCGCACCACCCGCACACCGCGUCCUGCACGUCCGCGCGCACUUCGACUACGAUCCUGAGGACGAUGUCUACAUACCUUGCAGGGAGCUUGGUAUCAGCUUUCAAAAAGGUGAUGUGCUACAUGUGAUAAGUCGCGAGGACCCUAACUGGUGGCAAGCCUUCCGUGAGGGAGAAGAGGAUCAGACCCUCGCGGGACUAAUACCGAGCCAGGCCUUCCAGCAUCAACGCGAAUCGAUGAAGCUAUCGCUAGCUGGGGAAGCGGGGGAGGGCGAGCGGCGCGCGCGCAAGGGAACCACGCUGCUGUGUGCGGGGCGCGCGCGGCGCCGCAAGCCACGCAAGCCUACUAGUGAGGCGGGCUACCCGCUGUAUGCUGCGUCCGCGCCUGAUGAUUACGAGCAAGACGAGAUCCUCACAUACGAAGAGGUAGCGCUGUACUACCCGCGUGCUUCCAACAAGCGGCCGAUCGUCCUCAUCGGGCCGCCCAACAUCGGCCGGCAUGAGCUUCGGCAGAGGCUGAUGGAGGACAGCUCUAGAUUCGCCGCGGCUGUGCCUCAUACGUCUCGAGCCCGCAAAGACCACGAGGCGGCGGGUCAGGACUACCACUUCAUAUCGCGCGCGCAGUUCGAAGCUGAUAUCCUCAAUAGAAAGUUCGUGGAGCACGGGGAGUACGAGAAGGCUUACUACGGUACUUCUCUGGAAGCGAUACGAGAAGUAGUGAACUCGGGCAAGAUCUGCGUACUCAACCUGCACCCGCAGUCGCUGAAGAUCCUUCGCAAUUCCGACCUCAAGCCUUAUACUGUGUUCGUGGCGCCCCCUAGCUUGGAGAAGCUGAGGCAGAAAAAAAUAAGAAACGGGGAAGCUUUUAAGGAGGAAGAGCUGAAGGAGAUUAUAGCGACGGCGAGGGACAUGGAACUCCGCUGGGGCCAUUUGUUUGACAUGAUCAUCAUUAACAACGACACACAGCGCGCCUACCACCAGCUAUUGAACGAAAUCAACAGUUUAGAGCGAGAACCACAAUGGGUCCCCGCGCACUGGCUCAAACAGACCUAGCGGGAACCCCCCACGGCUGCAUACAUCGCAGCUCAAAGACUGAACCGAGUCCAAACUCACCAGCAAAACCUUCAAUGUAACGUGAUAAAAAAUAAAGUCGGACGUGAUGUGAUACAUAAUACAAGUUACUCGUUUAACACGAAGGAAAUGCUCGCGAAACUAAUGUUUCUCUUCGAAAUGUUUACGCAAAUGGUUUUACAUUUGCUGUUUUACUUUAUAGACGCUUGCAAUGUUGAGAGGGACGUUAGUUUCAAUGGUUUAUUACGGAUUUUUAAUGAGAGAAAACGUAGGGACAGUGUUAAUGAUCGUAAUUGUGGAGCCGUAGAGAAAAAUAUAGAAUUUAGUGAUGUGUUCUCAAAUUUGAAUGGUGAUUAUUACGAGGCCCGUUGUAAACGUACUUCUGUUGCAUGAUAUUUACUUUUAUAGUUGAAACACUUGUGUCUAUGGGGAAAAUUAUUUGAAUCUUCAAUCACAGAGGGCGCUAUCUGUUUGUUUCCUGGCAAAAAGACUUGAUUAUGAAAUGUGUUCUUUUAACAAUGUUGCACCUACCGUAUUUUUAAAAGCUACCAAUUUUUAUAAAAUACAAAGUUUAUUUUUUACGCAAAUACAAUUUCGAAAGUUAAAUUAGUUAUAGUAUGCAUAGCAAUCACCAAAUCUUCUAAGAUAAUUCUAGACUAGGUAUUAUAAUAUGUUCUUAUUUUGAGAACAAAUAUUUACCGCCCUCUAGAUGGAACUAGUAUAACAAGUCUUCCCCAUAGACAAAUUUUAUUACUUGAGCAAUAUCAAAAACACUUCCAAUAAGUGCUAAUACUUAUAUUUCAAUAAACUAUAACUUUAUGUUUCAUACUAUUUGCAAUAUUAUUGAUUGGAUGUGCAUAUUACUAUAAAAAUAGUUAGCAAAUGUAUUUUUUGUACUUAAUAAAAUUUUAUUGUGUUUUAUCUGAUUCGGUAGUUGAUGGUAGUCGGAAAAAAUAGGAUGUCUUGUUACAAAAAAAUAUCCAGGGGUUUUUGUUUAAGGAUUUUUUUAGUAAUCUACACCGAAAGUGUCUAAUGAUUAGGUACUUCUAUCAUGAUAGAUGAUCAUGAUAUUUCUGUAGAGUUACUUUUACUGGUACAAAAGUUAUCGUUUUCGAAAUAUUUUAACAAAAAACUCAACUACCGAAUUCGAAAUCCUGGUGAUUGUUUAAAAUAGUUGGUUAAUGUAAUCACAGUUAAAUAAACGCAAUAUACUCAUGUACUUAACUUUUCAAGAAUAAUUGAAUAUAUAAGAAUUUUUAUCAAAGUAUUCAAAUUAUUAACUUAAAUAAUCUUAAACAAAUUAUUAAUUAUGAUAAAUUUUUAUAUUAUGUACUCUUUCAUUAUUUUAAAAGUAAAAAAAAUGCAGUAUUAUAAUCAAAAAGUAAAUUUCAAUAGACAAUUUACAGUUAUUAAUUAAUAUUGUUUCAAAUUAUAAUAAUUAUAUAAUUACAUGUCAGUUAUGAAUACCUAUAUAUCUUGUGGAUUUAUUUUACGUAUUUAAAUGAAACUGCAAUCAAUUAAUUUUAAUCAAUAAUUUAUUUAUAAAAUAUUCCUUCUUAAUCUUUCGAAUAAGGCCGUAGCUAGAAACAUAGUUUUAAAAACUUGACAUACUCAAGUACAUAAGAAAAAAUGCUGUGAAUAUAAGACUAUUGUUUUAUUAAAAAAAUAAUAUAACAUUAUUGUCAUAAGUAAAACACCUAUUUAGGUAUAUCAGGUUAAAAUAGAUCAAAUUUCCUCUACAGGUUUUAAAACCCCUCCGUAUAUUAAUUUCUGACUACGGCCCUGUUUUUGUUCAUAUGGUCUAAGCCUAAUUUUAUGGAUAUUUUAUUCUCUUUUUUUAUUUACAUACCUACAUCACUGAACUAACAAUAAAUUGAAUGGAAUUUAUAAUUUACGACUUAUAUUAUAGAACUAUUUAAGAGAACUAUUUAAUAACUACGAAAGAAUAAAAACAAUAAAAUAUUCUAUAAUUGCCAAAACUUUUUACAGUAGGUAGUUAUAAAAAUAGGUAUUUUUCAAAAAUUUCACCAUUAGCUAGC